ACCUUGUUUUUCAUUCCCGCUCUCAAUUUCUUCGUACCAGUGAGAGACCGAGACAGUAACAGAGGAGAGCUUGUUUGCUUUGUGGGAAAGACAUGGCUGGAGUGAAGAUGAUCGUGGCUCUGUUGCUCGUGGUCUAUGUGAGUUGGGUGGGAGCCCAGACGCAUCACGUCGUCGGCGGCGACCGUGGCUGGGCCAAGUCCUCCGAGGUCAGAGACUGGCUGUCCGACAAAGUGUUCAGAGUCGGAGACAAAAUCUGGUUCAUAUACUCCGCAGCACAGGAGGGCGUUGCUGAGCUCAGGAGCAAGGAGGAAUUCGAGUCGUGCGAUGUGAGCAACCCCAUCAAGAUGUACACGGACGGUCUAGAUAGCGUACCCUUGGACGGAGAAGGGAUCCGCUACUUCACGAGCAGCAAGACAGAGAGCUGCAAAGAUGGCCUGAAGCUACACGUUGAUGUCCAGCCCACUAGUGAGAUCGGGAUCGUUGCCACGUCAGAGACCUUUGCAGAGACGCUGGCUGAGGGGCCCUCAGCACCUUCUGCUGCGGCCCACAUCAGUGCGCUUUCUCUACUAUUUUUGAUGGGUCUGCUGAUCUGUUACUUCGGCCCAUGAAAAGCGGCGGGCUGUGUACAAUCCUCCAGGGUUGUGGGCUUGGUCGUAUGAUUUCGUGAUUUGAUGUAUCAGUAUUUUGCAUAAUCGGCUUUUUAUGUGUGUUGUUUGGCUUGUAAAAACACCCAUUUUAAUUUUAUUAAUUCUAAUGCAAUUUUAAUAUUAUUAAGAAA